AUACAGAGACAAUGCUGGACAGGGGCCUGUUGUUCCUACUACUACAGGUACUGGGUGUACUGGGCCAGGAGUGUGCCGUGGGGAAAUAUGGAGGACGCUGUGAACAGAACUGCAGCCGAACCUGUGCCCCUUACUCCGGCCAGGAUGUUCACUGUGACAGACACAGUGGCAAGUGUUCUGAAGGAUGCAUCCCGGGCUGGUACGGCGGUCAGUGCCAACUGUCCUGUAGCAGGAACUGUCAGCAGCACAUCUGUAGUCACCAGUCUGGUCAUUGUACCUUGGGUUGUAAAGGAAACAACAUGGGGGAUUUCUGUGAGACAUCCCCAGAAAGUGGUCCAAAACAAGAUGCAAGUGAACAGUCACAAGAACCCGCCUCAACACCACUGGCUGCCAUACUUGUCCCUGUGUUCGUCAUACUCAUUAUCAGCAUCAUCAUCAUCAUCAUCAUCAUCACUGUGUCUGUAUACAGACGGCGAAGAAGACGCAGAAAAUCUAAACGGCCCUCGGUUGAUGUGGAGCAUUUGGAACCACUUAACCCUGUUGAAGUGGACACUGACCUCCAGACUCAGGACACUGACCUCCAUGUUGCCUGCAAGGAGGGGAAACUACAGGCAGUCAGAGAUAUCCUGGAUCAGAGCCCGGAGGACAUCAACAAGAAAGGCGGUAGCGGGAUGACACCAUUGUUGUGGGCAGCAAGAAGGGGACACAGAGAAGUAGUUGACAUGCUUGUGAGACAAGCAGCUGAUGUUAAUGUUGUGGAUGUGGCCGGUAACAAUAUCCUUCACUGGGCCUGUUAUGGCGGACAUGAGGCAAUGGUGAAAUAUGUCGUCUCAAAGAAAAUGGUUGAUAUCGACAGUAAGGGGCAGGGUGGGAGAACCCCGUUGAUGUGGGCAGCUCGAGAGGGAAGAGGAGAAUUUUUUAAAAUACUUGAAAGUGAAGGGGGUCCUCCAUCACAAGUGGACAAAGAAGGAAACAACAUCCUUCUAUUGGCCUGUUCUGGUGGGAAUGUAGAUAUUGUUGAGUCCAUCCUCUCACAUGCUGAUGACAAUAUGGACAUCGAUGGUAGAGGACAGGCCAGGAGGACUCCAUUGAUGGUGGCAGCACACAAGGGGUGCCAAAAUAUUUUCGAACUACUUGUGAAUAGAGGAGCUAAUCAGGAGCUAUUUGAUGAUGUCAAUGACAACGUUCUCCAUUUGGCCUGUCAGGGCGGAAAUGUGGAUAUUGUUAGCCAUGUCCUCAAGCUUGGCAAGGUGGACAUAAACAGUCGAGGUCAAUGCAGCAGGACACCACUGAUGAUGGCAGCAAGGCUUGGACAUGAGGAAAUAUUUCAUUUACUAGUGAGCGAAGGAGCUGAUGCAUCACUAUUGGAUGAUGAGAAUAACAACAUCCUUCAUCUAGCCUGUGAGGGAGGGCGUAUUGACAUGGUGGAGUAUGUACUCUCACUGAAUAUUGUGAACAUCAAUGCCAGAAACAAACGAAAUAAAACAGCAACCAUGCUGGCAACAAAGGGAGGUGACGUGUGCAACCUUCUUAUGUCACAUGGUGAUCUCAUGGACACUGACCUCCAUGUUGCCUGCAGGGAGGGGAAACUGAAGGCAGUCAAAGAUAUCCUGGAUAAGAGUCCGGAGGACAUCAACAAGAAAGGCGGUAGCGGGAUGACACCAUUGUUGUGGGCAGCAAGAAGGGGACACAGAGAAGUGGUUGACAUGCUUGUGAGACAAGCAGCUGAUGUUAAUGUUGUGGAUGUGGCCGGUAACAAUAUCCUUCACUGGGCCUGUUAUGGCGGACAUGUGGCAAUGGUGAAAUAUGUCGUCUCAAAGAAAAUGGUUGACAUCGACAGUAAGGGGCAGGGUGGGAGAACCCCAUUGAUGUGGGCAGCUCGAGAGGGAAGAGGAGAAUUUUUUGAAAUACUUGAAAGUGAAGGGUGUCCUCCAUCACAUGUGGACAAAGAAGGAAACAACAUCCUUCUAUUGGCCUGUUCCGGUGGGAAUGUAGAGAUUGUUAAAUCCAUCCUCUCACACGCUGAUGACAAUUUUGACAUCGAUGGUAGAGGACUGUCCGGCAGGACUCCAUUGAUGGUGGCAGCACACAAGGGGUGCCAAAAUAUAUUCGAACUACUUGUGAAUAGAGGAGCUAAUCAGGAGCUAUUUGAUGAUGUCAAUGACAACGUUCUCCAUUUGGCCUGUCAGGGCGGAAAUGUGGAUAUUGUUAGCCGUGUGCUCGAGCUGGGCAAGGUGGACAAAAACAGUCGAGGUCAAUGCAGCAGGACACCACUGAUGAUGGCAGCAAGGCUUGGACAUGAGGAAAUAUUUCAUUUACUAGUGAGCGAAGGAGCUGAUGCAUCACUAUUGGAUGAUGAGAAUAACAACAUCCUUCAUCUAGCCUGUGAGGGAGGGCGUAUUGACAUGGUGGAGUAUGUACUCUCGCUGAAUAUUGUGAAUAUCAACGCCAGGAACGAACAAAAUGAAACAGCAACCAUGCUAGCAACAAAGGGAGGUGAAGUGUGCAACCUUCUUGAGUCACAUGGUGGUCUCAGUAAGUGAAAGGAGGAGGACAGCUCAGAGUACCCUUUUUAAGAAUUGUUAAAACUGUCACAUGCACCAACAUGGCACGAGCCUAGGAUUUUAGCUGAGAGAACAAGCAUCGAGUCCAUGAUAGUCACAUAUUCUUCAUAAACAUUCAGAUCAGCAAAACUGAAGGGAAAAAUACAUCAUCCGUGACAUAGUUGUUGACAUAUGAUCGUAUUUCCUCUGCAUAUCGUUCAAAAAGGGAUCUAGAAAUGUAUUUUUCAUCAGCAAUGCUACGAACAAGAAUGCCAGCUAGAUAGGAACACAAAAGCCUAGAUGCUAGAGCACAGCCUGCAGCUUGCCUGGUGUAAGGAGGAAAUUCCAACAAUCUGGCAAUGCCUUUGUGUACCUGGCCCAGUCAUCCAGAUUGUGACACAUGCCUUGCUAUAGAUGCAUCACCCACUGAUAUUUGAGGAGACAGAACAGUCAUCCUCUCAAUGGGCACACGUCUUUGACAUAAAGGUCAUUUCACAAGACGGACAAAUGGACAACAGAAAAUAAGCAGAAAAUAUUUUUUCCAGUAUAUAACUACUUUCUUACUGUAUGAUACAUUUAUGUGUCAUUACCAUCACAUAUCAGUGGACAUCACAGGCGCAUACUUAAAUAAUGAUUGCUGUAGUAAACAAAUAACCCAUAUUAGUGUUAAUAUAAAGUCAUAAUUGUGAUAUCUACCAACAAAGACAGAUUAUUGCUUGCCUUUUGGGACUUGAUGAUUUCAGUACCACUUCACAUAGGACGUACACUGAAUGUCUAAAAUCAAGCUGUAUUUACUUUUAUUAACUUUGAGAUUAUAUAGUAGCAAGGCUUCUGUUAAAUUAUCUUUAUUAUUCCAUAUUUUACAACAAUGAACCUGUGGCAACGGAAAGACCUCUAGUUGUGAAGAACCAGAGGCAGCAAGUUAUUACCAAGGAGUACGUUUUCAUGUUACCCUCUGCAUUGGCCGUGGGUCCGUCGUGAUGGACGUCAAUACAGACAACUCAUCGCAUCCAUUAAUCUGGAUCGUCCACACUGUACACUUGUACACGGAGGCGGUUAGUGGAUCUAAUUUUUCUCUACUACCCAUGUGUCUAGCUUUAGUGUGGAACAUUGUAAGUUGCUUGAAUUGAUUGUAGAUGGAAAAAUGAGCGGGGGAAAAUAACCUUGCAGUCGCUUAUGGUAUUAAGAAAAGUGAAUAGUGUGGAGGAGUUGUCUCCCUUAUACCACAGCGAUGUUCAGGCAGUAUUAAGAAAUGGAAACAAUCAAGGAUGGAGAUGUUUAAACACGGAUAAUUAAUUGAACAUUAUUCUAAACAAAGAAAAGAAUUUUAUACCAUAUACUUUACUAUUCGGAUUCGGGUUUUAAAUUCCAUAGAAACCCUGGGACUUACUUUUUUUACUUAUUAACCGAAACAACAUUUAUCAACAUUUGUAUGUUUCAAACAUACUUCCCAUGAACCUAGGGAAAGGAGCGUAAAAAGUCUCUUCCUGGCGUACUUGAAAAAAACAUUCGUUAAAGCAUUGUGAAGUAUCAGCGCCUCAGUAGCUUGGUGAGUGGACCACUAAACUACAGACAGUUGCAAGGUCGAUCUACUGAAAUAUACAGUAAAUAUUUGUCAUUUGAGGUGACAUUAUUCCGCACAUUCCCUUGUCUGGGUUGUGAUCAAAUGCCAAAUUAAUUUCUAGCGAGAGACAUUCACAGAUCGCAAUCGGCAGAUGUAAAUAUAAAAUCACUAGGAUACCACAGGUAUAUUAUAUAAUGUAUUUGGCAUAUUAUAACAGGUUGUAGUCAAAACGGCCUCAUGUCAGAACGGCCUAAAAACUUGAAAGUCAAGAUGGCCACUAACAUAAAGUCAAAAUGGCCUUAAAAGAAUCAUAACGGCCACAGGUGAUAAUGUCAAAAUGGCCUUAAUAAUUAUAUACGCCCACUUAGAGCAGUAUGUGUUGUUCUUGUCCCUUGUUCCUUGUCAUUAUACCCAGCCGCCUGAAGGCGGACAACGUGUCUGUCUUCAGGAACCCUCAUGACUGUUACCCCAUCCACCAUAAGUCAAGCCAUCAUUAUGUACUUUGAGGCAGCAACCUGGCGCUCCUGUGAGACUGAGCUUCCUGGAAUUUGCAGUCUUUAUUAUGUUUGUGGCCGUUGGGACUUUUUCUGUGGCCGUUUUGACUCGACCUUUUGAGGCCAUUCUGAUUUGAGUCUGUUUUGACCUGCUUCCAUUGUAUCAUCGCCGUUCAGCCCGAUUGGAAACCAGUAGGGUAAUUUAAAUUUCACAUAGACAAUCUGUGAUAAAACAUAUAGCUCGAGUCCAUUUCUUAUUACUUUAUUUAUUUGUUAACAUGAUUUCAUCAUUUCUUAUACUUAUAGAACGAGAUGAGUGUUCAAUGUGGAUAUGUGUCAGACGAGUUAGGUUCCUCGCCAACAAACCAUUAUGAACACAUUGACUUCAGAUAGUAAUGCUUUACGGAGUUCCAUAACUUCUUCUUUGUGGGUUUGUAGACCCGUCGGCUGUGUUUUAGAAGGAAUUAUUUUUUUAUCCAGCCUAUCACAUGUUACGUUUUUAAAAUAAUUUUAAACAUUAUGAAUAACCAUAGGACGAAUUAUGUAUGACAAAUCUUGACCUGGCUCAAGUACUUUCUGGGCAAUAUCAUCAUUUGUCCAACGCACCGAGGUCCUCCGCAACUUCUGCCUGCCUUGACGACCAUGACUUACAGAACAUGUGAUGCCUUCACAGAUGCACGGGGCGGUCGGGUAGCCGAGUGGUUAAAGCGUUGGCUCGUCACGCCGAAGACCCGGGUUCGAUUCCC